GUUAAACUGAUAAGAAUGGGUAUGUGCUCGGUUGCGUUACUCGGUCUGUGUGCGUUUGUUUCGCAGACUGGAAGCGCUGAGAUUGCAGCGAUGACGAAGGAUUUAAAAGUGUUGGUUUCUUCAAAUGAUUACCCUCAGGCAGGGUUAAAGGUUCUACAGGAACAUUUCACAGUUCUCCAGAGUCGGUACAUCAACUUUGGUGAAGAAGGCAUCACACAGAACAAGGAGGAACUGCUCCGACUAGCUCCUGGUAUCUCCGCCUUGGUCUGGGUGUCACACCACCCUAUCACUAAGGAACUGCUAGACAAAGCUGGUCCAUCUCUCAAAGUGGUGGCAACUGCAUCUGCCGGCUACAACCACUGCAAUGUAGACGAGCUGAAGGCGCGCGGCAUCAAGUUGUCAAACACACCAGAUGUGCUCAGUCCUGCGGUCGCUGAGAUCGCUAUUGCGCUGAUGCUGGGCGCUGGCAGGCGCUUUACUGAGAAUUUGGAGCAAGUUCACAGUGGGCAAUGGGAGAUCGGUUUCCAGAAAGUGUUGGGCCAGGAGAUCCGCGGCAGCACGGUCGGUGUGUUCGGACUCGGAGGCAUUGGGCAGGCCAUCGUGAAGAGACUGGCCGGGUUCGAGGUUGAGAAGUUCCUUUACACUGGACACAGGGAGAAGCCACAAGCGAAGGCACUCGGCGCCCACUUCGUGUCCAAAGAUGAGCUCCUGGCUCAAAGCGAUUUCGUGAUCCUCGCGGUGCCCUUGAAUAAUGAGACUAAGUUGAUGGUGAACAAGGAACUACUGGGGAAGAUGAAGAAGAACGCCAUACUCAUCAACGUUGGCAGGGGAGAUCUCGUAGACCAAGACGCCCUAUAUGACGCGUUGAAGAACAAACAGAUCUACGCCGCCGGACUAGAUGUGACUACCCCUGAGCCGCUUCCCAAGGAUCAUAAACUGCUGGCCGUACCCAACCUCUUCGUACUUCCACACAUCGGCAGCGCCACUGUUCGUACGCGCAACGACAUGGCGACCCUAGCGGCGCGCAACGUCGUCAACGCACUGAGCGGGAAACCCCUGCUCACGCCUGUGCUUUCUUGAGUACGGUGUGGCGAGCGAUCGUGGGAUAGUGGUUACCA